GGGUUAUGGUCAAUGGAUAUCUGGUAGGCUUCGGAGGAGAAGGCCUUUUAGGCCCGAGUCGGAGCGCCAACCCCCACCCUGAAGCAGGGUAUUUUGACUCAAAUAAUUCCUGCAACUUGCCAUCUGUGACGUGUGACGACGUUGAGCCAAAGUAUCGGAAUGGGGGAAGAAGUCAACGUACUGCUCUUCGGCCUGGGGGCCAUCGGAUCCUUCUAUGCCUUCAUCCUGAACCAAACCAAGCGUGUGCGUUUGACAGUGGUAGCUCGAUCCAACUACGAUGCCGUCAAGAAAAAUGGCCUUCACAUCAAGAGUGCGAAUCAUGGGGAGCAUGUCGUGCAGCCAGCAAAGAUUGUUAGGACGCCAGCCGAAGCAGGAGAGACUUACGACUAUGUCGUAUGCGCCCACAAAGCCAUAGACCAAGCCUCAAUUCCAGAGCAACUUGCUCCAGCUGUCGAUGAAAACAAAACCUGCAUCGUCAUAAUCCAGAAUGGCGUGGGCAAUGAGGAGCCUUUCCGCGAAGCGUUCCCCAAAUGCCCUAUCCUAAGCUGCGUCACAUGGGUCGGUGCCAAACAAGACAGUCCCGGGUUUGUCACACAUAUGAGUGCCGAGAACACUCAGAUAGGACUAUUCCCGAACGAGGAUUUGAAGACUUCCAGGGAGAAGGCCACACUCGAUAGGUUCGCCUCCUUGCUGAGGGAUGGUGGGACGCCUCUCAGCAUCGAGGACAACAUACAGGUCCAGCGAUGGGAGAAGGUCGUCUGGAACGUGGCGUGGAACUCACUGACCGCACUCACAAUGCUGGAUACCCACUCCUGGUUGAAGUCAUCGCCCGACUCCAUGCACAUGACACGGAAGUUGAUGACAGAAGUCAUUGAUGUUGCGCGAAAAUGUGACGUUCCGAUUGAGUAUGAGCUCGUCGACCAACUUAUUGACAAGAUCUUGGCCAUGCCACCAAUUGGAAGCAGCAUGCAGACCGACUGUAAGCUAGGUAGACCGAUGGAAGUCGAUGUCAUCCUGGGCACGCCUGUACGGAAGGGGCGGGAAUUGGGCGUCUCCAUACCGACGCUGGAAGUGCUUCACACUUUGCUGUUGGCGAUCAACAGUCGGAUGAAACCACAUGCUUAGGGGAAAGUGGUGCAAGCUGUUGUAUCGAAGACACCAUCGACCUUGGGGAGCUGUGGAAAUGUACACCCUCUAGAGAUAGUCCUGGCUCUUGUAGGGUUCCCAAAAAAUGGAGGCUUCGAUGGUUGAGGGUCACCCAUGGUGCUCCCUCGCUGGACGACAAU